AUGGGCCCGGGAGACAGCGGCCCUGCCGCCCCUACCCGUGCAAACGCAUCUGCAUCGGCCAAGUUGACAGAGAAAGAAGCGAGAGUUAUUGAAGAAUACGAGAAGAUUGUGCGAUUUCGCGAUACCAUUCUCGCGGGAACCCACCCUACCAUCAAGCUCCCACCCGGCCUCAAAGCCUCGUCCCAACCCAUCAUCAACUACUAUACGAGAGCGCCAUCAGAGCCCGGCGAAGUAGAUGCAAGGUCUGAUACUCUACAGCGUUCUGUUGAGAAAACUCAGAGCCAGAACCCUACCUUGCUACAGCCUGUAGCUGAUGCCGGCGCCACCGCUCUUGGUUCUCAGCGCCCAAAGCCAUUUCCCAACAAGACGACAGAGAUCAAUCCCAUUCUUCUUGAGAAAUCUGACGAACUCGUCAGGGCUGAAAUCCAGCUGCAGAGGCAAAGAAUAGAGCGGUCUCUGAGAGACGAUAUCGAACAGCGUCGAGUCUCAAAGCAAGUGCAAGCAGAACCCGUCAAUGAGUUUGACCUAUCCGAUGUACUCGCAAAGGCUCUGACUCUUGUUCAAGCCACUACUAUACCCUUUGCCGCCAAUGGAGGCUUGAUUGCUAAUCAUGAAGCUGCAAGUGAUUCUUUUGACGAUAACACCUUUUACUCCUCAAAGCAUGACACGCCCGAGUCCAAUCUGACUUCGCGCUUGCGCCACUCAACUGACGAUGCCAUGUUGAUAGAUGGCCGCAGGCCAUCUCAGUCAAGCCUUCACCAAAGCACAUACUACGGUAAUAACACGGCAGCUUCUACGAAUAGUUACCAUGCCGCAGCCCCCCCCUCUCAGCCCCCGUCCCAGAUCCAUGCUCCGAUGGCGAACGUUGUCGCGAGUAGACCAGAGAAGGUGCGGGUUCCCGGGCUUCAUAUACUCGCCAACAGUGGAAACCCCCCAGCUACCCAAGGCCCUGCUCCUACAGAACCAGAUCAAGUAUUGCAAACGGAGUCUCAAGGAUCUGAAAACGACGAGUCCCAAUAUAAUCCACACCAACCUCUGCUGCCACGCCCCCCCGUUAUUCGGAAUCAUGACUUGAUACCCGUUGCUCCCCAGCCGGCAAAGAUAGCGCCUUUGACCGUAGUCAACGUGCAAACACCCAUCAUCGACUCACCCGUGGCUAAAUCUUUUGGUACAUCAGCACAGGUGGCGGCACUCCGAAACGAGCCCCUGCCUGCAGUUGCCAGCUCCGAUAGCUCUUCACCGGGCGCAAGGGAUACAGAGAGGAGAAGAGGAAAGAAGAAGAGAAAGGCUGAUCGGCAAGCGCCAGAGGCCGAGGUUGGGCCGCGUAUCAAAGUUGAGCCUCGUUCACCGUCACCCUUGACAGCUCCAGCCUACACCAGACCCAGCAAACGCCCGAGACAGUCUCAAGGUUAUGCUAAUGAAUCUGGACAAUCUGAGUUGCAAUAUGCCCAGCCUCCACCGAAUGCGUCUUACGAGCAGCCCUUACAGGUGUUUCGAGGUGAACAAGCUCCCGUGGCGUACCAAGAACCCGGCCCCGCGCCAUAUCAUGCUCAGCCCGCCUCGAGCUCUAGUAUUCGUGGUGAGCCAGUUGGAGAACUGAAUCGGAACGGGGAUUUCUCCAGUAAUCGUCGUUUGUCUGGUGAGAGCUAUGCCCGCCCUUUUCCCUCGGGCGAGGGCUACGUACGUCAGCCUCAGCCUCAGCCUCAACCAAGGGAUAUGGUAUCAUAUCAUCAUCAUCCACCCCCCAGAGAGAUUCAUGGCCCUGCCGCAGUGCCGCAGGUCGUUGCAUAUGGCCCAUUCCAAGAGCCCAUACGCAUCUAUCGAGAGCCCAUCGAUGGACCCCGCGCGAGCGCACGCCCAGAGGGUGAGUCUUUCAUAAUCCCCCCACGGCCACCAACACGGGUCAUGGUUGAUUCGUAUGGGCGGGAGUUUGUCGAACCUGUGAUACACUCUGGCCGGCAAUCUGUUGCCCCCCUACCCCGACCCGGAGAGCCGGAAGUGAUUUAUGAGCGACUGCCACCUCGACUUCCAUCAAGCAACAUCGGAGAUGGGGUUUACAACGAAGGCAACGUGGUAUAUACCAGGCCACUGUCGGUCUACGAUCCAGCAAGAAGAGUAUAUGUAUCAGAGCCAGAGUAUCCUUACGACCAUAGGGAUGGUCAGUAUCGUGAACAUCAAUUACAGCAACGAGGAUACAUUCAGAUUGUGAGGUCUCAUGAUGGCCGAAUCAUCGAGGAGCGGCCGGCAGAAUACAUCUCACGACCGACAAGCUACCGAUCAUCGCGGUUCGAGCCCGUCCCACCAUACAUUCGUAUGCAUAGCACACAUCCCGAUGCUGCCGGUAGAGAGUAUAGCGGGAGUAUCCACAUGGAUGGUCGUCACCCGGAAGGCCCACAGCCCUAUGCCAGAGAGUAUGCUGGUAGCCCCAUGCAGCGAGCUCCAACUGUUCAUCGGGAGUACAGCAUGCGCCCCCCCGAACGGUACCAUGAGCCGCACAGAGGAGCUACGAGGGGGCCGGAUGAAAUCGCCUUCAUUGAGCAGCCUCGUGGAGCAUCGCGGGAAAUUGUGUACGUGGAUGACGUCAGGCGAGAGGUUUAUCGUUGA